AUGACCCCACCCCUCCUCCCAACAUCCCUCAUUUCAGCCAUCCUCGGCAUCACCGCCCACCUAACAUACUUCAUCCACGCCGACCUCGAGAAGCACGUCGUCUUCCUGGUCAACUGCCUCAUCUUCUGGCCCUCACUCGGUCUAAUAGCCCUCUUUAUCCUCGGCUAUAGAGAUAUUUCUCAAUGGAUCGGACCAGCAAUACUGAGCUUUCACUUCUCGCUGUUAGCUUCCAUAGUCAUCUACCGAUACUUCUUCCACGCGCUGGACGGGUUUCCAGGUCCAAAGCUGGCAAGGAUUACAGCGCUGUGGGAUUUCAAGAAUACGGUGCUGAAUGCGAAAUGGUAUAUCAAGGUGAAGGAAAUGCAUGGGGUGUAUGGGGAUGUUGUCCGGAUCAGUAUUCCUCCUCUCUUCCACUCUUCCCAUGUGAUUUGGAAUUAUCCAUCAACGACCCAUCUGCGAUCAAAGAUAUCUACGGCGUGGGGACCACAUGCGUCAAGGGACCGUUCUACGAUCUACAUUAUCCGCAUCGAUCGCUGCAAAUGGCGAGAGAUAAGGCGUUUCAUUCGAAGAGGAGGAGAUUGUGGGAUCGGGGGUUUACGUCGAAAGGCAGCACUCGCUGGCUACGAACCGUAUCUUCUGGAGCACUGCAAAGAUAUAGUCCGGGUUAUUGAAUCUCGAUCAUCGCAAGCACAGGAGGCGACGGCACUAAUUGAUGGCUUUGCGUGGGACUCGAUGGGGAUAUUUGCGUUUGGGAAAUCGUUCAAUAUGCUGCAUGGGGAACCGCCAAAGAUGCUGCAGAUGAUGAGGAUGAUGGGGCGCGGGGCGAGUGCCUUAUUGAGUUCGAGCUGGCUGGUUAUACUCAUGAGGGGGAUGGUGGGAGUGAGGCGGUUUACGGAUAGAUGGUUAGAGUGGUGUGCGCAGUGUGUGGAGGAGAGGAGCAGGGUCGAAACUAAUCGCCGGGAUCUCUUCAGCUACUUGAUCGAAGAGUUAAGCUCUGAGGGAGACCAGUCCAUAGGUGGCGUUGACGGGGAUCUUGUUCGCGAUUCAGAGCUCGCUAUUACGGCUGGCAGCGACACCGCAGCCAGUACCCUCAAUGCUCUGUUCUAUCUCCUGGCACGACAUCCGGACAAGCUGCGCCGGCUGCAGGAGGAGAUAGACACUGCUGUUCCAGCUGAUGAGGAGCUGUCUCAUGCGGCGUUGGUGAAGAAGCCGUACCUGGAGGGGUGUAUAAAUGAGAGUCUGCGUCUUUGUCCGGCUGUCUUGAGUGGAUUGCAGCGUGAGACAGGACCGGAAGGGCUCCGAACAGCGGGAGUCUAUAUUCCUCCAGGGAUGAUAGUGUCUGUGCCGACAUAUACGGUUCAACGAGGUAGAUCAUUAACCUUUCCUGUGAAGAUAAGAGCUGAUUUCCUUUCACGAAGACCCGCGCAACUUCCCCCGUCCAAACGAAUUCAUCCCAGAAAGGUGGUCCACCCAGCCAGAGCUAGUCAUUCAUAA